UGUAUAUGUAUAUAUAUCUUAAGUUGAGCCAACGCUCGCACGUUCGUUCACUUUGAUGGGUGCGCGUAUACAGCAAACAUUCCGCCUUUAAAUCGAAUGUAUUUCGCAAAAGCAAAAACAACGGCAACGGCGAACGCAGCGAUAACAAUUGAAACAGACAAACGGCAAAGCUUGCACCGGUGAUUCACAGCCGACGGAGUCGCUAAUUAAAGCGACUGUGAGUGUUGGCGUCGGCGGCAAUUGAAUGUGGAAUAUACAUUGAAUAUAGAAUAUAGAAUGUCAAACAAGCUUUGAUGAUGUGAUUUUCGUAUCCGACUAAGUAAUUCAAUUUUGUUUUGCGCAUUUGCAGUUUGAGCAGCAGCAACAACAGCGACAACAACAACAACAGCAGCUAUGAAUGUUAUGCGAAAGCUGCGCGGCGCUGCCAGCGCCAGCAGCAGCAGCACUUCAGGCGCCAGCAGCAGCAAUGCCAGCCCAAACGCUGUCAGUGCUCCCAAUGGACGCACCGGCGACGAAGCACUGCUCGAUGCACGCAUACAAAUGAGCCUGGCCACGCUGAAAAAGCUCUUCAACGAGUACACACAUCCCAAGGAGCCACUCAGCGAAAAUGAACGCGAUGGCAAGCUCUAUGAAAUGCUGCCAUUGUUUUGCAAGGUGUUUAGCAGCUGCCCCGCCAACGAUAUGAGCGAAAAAUUCUGGGAUGUUGUUGCCUUUUGUCAACAAGUUUCUCGACUGAUGGUCAGCGAGAUACGGAAACGUGCAUCAAAUCAAAGCACAGAGGCUGCCUCCAUUGCCAUUGUCAAGUUUCUCGAGGUGGAAACAACGGAGGAUACCAGCAGUGGCUGGCUACUGCUAGCCACACUGAAUCUCUUGGCCAAUGGCGAUGUUUCGCUUAUACAGGUCAUGACAGCUGCGGCAGUGCCCUCAACUUUAGUCAAGUGCUUGUAUCUGUUUUUCGAUCUGCCCCAAGUGGAGGACGAUGAACCACCUGCUGAUGGUGAAAGUGUCAGCGAUUUCAAUGCGCACGAACGUCGCACCUUGCUGCAAAAGGUAUUUGUACAGCUGCUGGUCAAACUGUGCUCGUAUCCCUACCCAGCCGAGGAGCUGGCACGCAUGGAUGAUCUAACGCUCUUGUUCUCCGCCAUCACCGCACCCUGCCCCAUGCAAAAUAUUGUCUGGCGCAAAAAUGCAGCCGAGAUACUGACCACCAUCUCGAGGCAUGGCCUGACCGAUGCCGUUGUUACCUAUAUACAUUCCAAGGGCUGCAUGGCGCUGUGCGUGGAUAACAUGCAACGUUUGGCAUUUGGCAAUCCUCUGGAAAUAGUCGAAAUGUUUGUCACGGUCUUUUGCUUUCUCAAGGAUUCUAGUCAAGUAUCCCAGAUACUCAUGGAUGACUUUCGAGCCUCUCAGGGCUAUGUGUUUCUCAGUGAUUUUUUGCUCAAGUUCGACAAUCCUCGCAGCCAAACCCUGGAAAUUCAGGCCGCUAUACGCAACCUAGUGCUAAUGAUCUCAUCGCUCUGCAUGUGUGGCUUCUACGAGCUGCGUCCGCCGGCUGCCCAAUUUAAUACGGCUUUCAAGUUGCAGAACUUUCAGCUGCCGCAAGCUAGUUCACGCGAAACUUGUGUGCGGAAUGUUUAUGCAUUUCAGGUGCUACAAACGGUCUUCCUCAGAUCGACAACACCUGCGCUAUGCUGCACCAUACUGGAUGCUAUUUCACGCGUGUAUCACUCGGAGAACGCCAAUUAUUUUAUACUCGAAUCGGAGCAUACGUUGAGCAGCUUUGCAGAGCGCAUACACCAGAAGAGUCCACAAAUCCAAGAGAAGUUCUACGAUCUGCUUGAGUUUAUAGUCUUUCAAUUGAAUUUUGUGCCCUGCAAGGAGCUAAUCAGCUUAUCACUGCUGCUCAAACACAAUCAAUCGACAUCGUGCAGCAUCCUCUGUCUUAAGACUCUGCUCAACAUUCUGCGCCACAAUAGCGUGUUUAAGGAUGUUUAUCGCGAGGUGGGAAUACUGGAGAUAUUUGUCAGCUCCCUGAAUCGAUAUUCAGAUCAUGUGCGACAAAUCACAAAAGGCGAUGAUUCGCUUGUGGUACAGCUGACAGCUGAAGAGCCAGAGGACCUGCUCGAUACACUGGGCAAGCUUGUAUUGGAGGCUUUGACAAUGCUGCUGGGCGGCGGUGCCAGCAACAAUGCUCAACUAUUUCGCGAAUACGGUGGCGCGAAGUGCGUCCAUGAGUUGGUCAAGUACAAGCAUUGUCGUCCCCAGGCGCUGGGCAUUGUACGCGAGCUGAUACUCUCCGCUGGUGGGGACGAUGAUAUGCUCUAUAUACUCUCACUGAUGCACAGCAUCAGUCCACAUCAAGUGGAGUUCAAAAUCCAGAUACUAAAUAUGCUUUUGGGCUGUCUUAAGGACUCGCAUCGCACACGCACCGUAUUCCGCAAGGUGGGCGGCUUUGUCUAUCUAACCAGCGUCUUUGUCUCGCUCGAUGGCAGCAUGGCACAGCCUCAGCCGGACAUUGCCCAACAGGAUCUCAUUCUCUUGCUGCAAAUUGUCUGCCAGACGUUGGCCACAGCCAUGCGCUUUGAGCCAGCGAAUGCCAAGUUCUUUCAUCAGGAGAUCUGCAACAGUUCGCUGUGCGACACGUUGCGACUGCUGGGCUGCUUUGGUGGGGACACCACGCUACAAGACUUUACAGGCAACUAUGAGCCGCAACAAACGCUACUCAAAUAUUACCAUGACGUAUUUAGCGGCGAUAUACUGAGCUUCAGUUUCUCUGACAAUGUACCCAGCUCGUUGUCCUACAUCUGUGUGGUAUUUCGGCUGCUGUAUAGCAUUGCCUUGGACAAUUUCGAGACGCCCAACUUGAGCGGAGUCAUCACGCUCUUCAGCGAGACUGCGCCUCAUUCAAGGUCGCCCAGCAAGGAGUUGGCUCCGCCCGUGCACCCCAGUCAACUAAAUCUUACACAACCCGCACCCGAGCCACGUAUCGUUCAUCCCGGUGUAGUGCUGUGCAUGCUGCAGCUGCUGCCAGGUGUGCAGCAUGAUACGGCUCCGUUGCAGGCCAUCCAGCUGCAGGUGUAUCUAAGUGAAAUUAUCAAGUCGCUGGUGCGCAGCGAGCGUAAUCAGCAAAUAAUGUGCGACCAUGGACUGGCCGAGCAGCUGCUUAAGCUGACACGACGCGCUUUGGCCGAGGAGCAGCAUCCAUUGCAUGUCCCAAUGCAGUAUAUACUGGAACGUCUGGCGGCGCAGGCGCUACAGCCCACAGAAUUGCGCCAAUUUCUGCGUCUGGGCGAACCUCUCUCCUGUGCAGAUAUUGAUCUACAGCAGCCCUAUAGGCAGGGCGGACCAGUGCCCCUGACGCGCAUCAAGACGUUGGUCUCGAUGACAACACCUCGUGAUUUUCGUGCCCAUGGCUCUAGCACGUUGCCACCAUUCGUGGAGCUAGACAUGUCAGCCGAAGGAUUCGGUUGCCUCUAUUUGCCAUCGCUAGCGCCACAGGCUACAGCCACAGCUGGUGGCACAAUUGAUGCGAAUACGAUUGGUGGAAUCGGUGCCGGCGAUCGCAUCUUUCCACCACAAACAGGUCUCAGCUAUUCGACAUGGUUUUGUGUUGAAAAAUUCUCCGAUCCCAAGGCAGAUCCGCAUUGUGUUAGGCUCCUUACGCUGGUGCGCACCAUUCAUAAUCCACGAGAGGAGAAUCUGGCAUGUUUAUCCAUUUUGCUAUCAGCCAGAGACAAAGCCAUUGUUGUAUCCACGCAAGAGACACUCGUCACGCCUAGAAAAAGUAUCGGCGACUGGGAGCCAGAAGGUUCGGAUGAUGGCAUUGCUCGCAUCUGGUGCCCGGAUCUCUUGCACGAGGGCCAAUGGCACAAUUUGGUUGUAGUGCUCAAUCGUGCCGUGCUUAAGAACUCCAGUCUCUCGCUCUACCUGGACGGUGUGCCCAUGCACACGCAGAAGCUGCACUAUAUAGCGCAGCAUCCGGGCGCUAGUAGCGCCAAUCUAACAUCGGCUACGCAGAUCUUCGGCUACAUUGGCACGCCGCCCAUUUGGCGUCGCUAUUCGCGUCUGUGCUGGAAGCAGGGUGUCUGCCAUCUGUUGGAGGAUGUGCUUACGCAGCAGACGGUGCAGACUAUCUAUCAGCUGGGCCCACACUAUAUGGGCUCGUUGCAAGCGCCACAGCUGGGCAAACAGGCGGAGCCACUGGCGCCCCUGGUGCCCGAGGAUCGUGUGCUGCUCGGCCUGAAUGCUAAGGCGGUUUCCAAGCUAACAUUGGUUAAGAUACGCAAGGUUUACAGUCGGGCGGAUAACAAGAGCAUUGCCAAACAGCUCAAUAUGAAUUCUCAUGAGAAUGCCACGCCCAUUAAAAUCCUUCAUAACUCAGCGGGUCAUUUGGCUGGCGCUGGUCGCUCUCUGGGUGGCGUUGUGGUUGGCUAUUUGGGAGUGCGGGUUUUCAGUCCACAUCCCGUUUCGGCCAUGAUUGACACCGUCGGCGGCUGCAAUGUGCUACUUGGGAUUAUUGCCAUGGCCCAGGACGUGGAGUCUCUGUAUGCGGGCGUCAAGGCGUUGACGUGUGUAGUGCGCAGUAAUCGCGCUGCACAGGCGGAAAUGGAUCGCAAACGUUGCUAUCAGACGCUGGGCAUGUUCUUCAAGAAAAAGAAACAUUUGCUUAACUCACACAUUUUACAUCUGACCUUUGGCCUGGUGGGCACGGUGAACAGUGGACAUGAUAUGUCAGCCAUACCGAAUGUGACAGCAUUUCAGGAUUUGUUGUGCGACUUGGAAAUCUGGCAUAAUGCACCAAAUGGUCUUUUGCGCUCGCUGCUGGAGCACUUACUCGAGCUGGUCGUGGAAUCGAAUGAGAAAAAACAGAACGUGAAAAUUAUGCGCGAUCUGCAGCUGCUAGUGAAACUGUUGCACAUUAUAGCUCACAUUCAGGAUCAUUCCACGCGUGAGAUUCUUUUCAGUCUACUCGAGACGCUGCUUGGUGGCCAACCACGCCAUACGGAUUUGUUGCUCUUUGGCCAGUAUGUAGCCGCCAAGUUGCCACGUCUGCAGGACUUAAAUGUAGAGCGUGCUGUGCUACUGCCCAGCAUGAAGCAGCCAGCCGAGGAUCAGGACGGUGUGGCGCACAACAUUUACUUGCGCAAUCGCUGUCUCUCGCUGCUGCACGGCUUGCUCUUUACGCCUCGAAACACCGUCAACUACGUCAUUUGCGAUGACAUAUCGAAGACGCUCGGCAUGGAUUGGCUGCUGCUCUUCAUGCAGCCGCACGUUCACUUCACCACAGUCAUCAUAGCCGUACGCAUUCUAGUUGUCGUGUGUGCCAAUGAGAGUUUCCUGGUUCGCUUUCGUGAUGCCACCCACAAUGGAGGCUAUUUACGCUUCACUGAAAUGGUUUCGCAACGCAAAAUGCUCGGUUUGGGUGCCCAGCAGCUUAAUCAACGUCCCAACAAUGGCACUGGCACUGUCAUCGUGGCCACGCCCCAAAAUACAAUACAGCAUCUGCCCACGCAGAUUGCGGGCGAGGUGCGCCCAGCGGCUUUGAAUAUCCCUGGUUUCCAGUUGCUUGAAUGGCUCAUGCAACACCAUUUGGACGUGCCGGAGCUGUAUUUCCUCGUGACGGCUUUGAUAAUGGGUCAGCCUGUUAAAGUGCUGGCCACGGAGCAUACGAAAUUCGAUUUGGAUCGAGUGUGGUCCUUCCUCUGGGGUGCACCAGUCUCGGCCAAUACGCAACUGCCCAAGCUAAGUGUCUGUCCCGAAGGCGUCUGUGUGCUGCUGGCCAUGGUGCGUGCCAUUGUGCACGGUGGCGACUGUGCCACCUGGCUGCAUAAUCACCCGGAAACAAUUAUUCAGUUGCUGUUUAGCCUCUAUCAGAAUCUCAGCGAUUUUACGCCAGUUAUGAUGGCAGCAGAUGUGGUCACCUCUCUGGUUGCGGUGCUCUUUCCGCAGGUUUCACGUUCUGGCGACUCGGAGCCAAACAGUGGCACCUCCACGCCCACCGACGGCACGGGCAGCAGCUUUGUGCUGCCUCCGCCGGAAGCGCUACACGCAGCUGUGGCCAAUCAACCGAAAUUAACAACGCAUCCAGUGCAUAAGUGCGUCAUUGACUUUUUGCGCGUGAUCGUGGUGGAUUCUUUAGGACUUAACAUGCAUGGCAAGGCAACGCCUGUUAUAGAUCUAGUUCUAGACGCCGCACCAGAGACAUCUGAACUGCCAUUGCAGGUGCAAUACCAAACUCAGAUCAUUAUCGCACUCAUGGAUCACCUAUUGGCCGCCGAUGUUCUGGUGGGAGAGCAAGCAGCGCUACCCUUGGUUCCACUUCUUCAAAGUCACACGCAACACAUUGCCCCAAAUGUGUUCUACCUGACGGCCCGAAUUGUGGACAAGUUGUGGCAGGGCUGCCUCACGCGGAAUCCCCACGAUAUCUUUGACUUUGUGAUCAAGCUGAUUGGUCAGGCCAAGCGGAGAUCCUCUUCAUUGUCGCUGGAGCAGUUGCAUCACUCACUGAAUCGGAGUAUACUCUUUUUGCUUUCCCGUCCCACCGAUGAUUCGAUAGCCGAACAGAUGAGCGUUUUGGAAGCGCUACACAAAAUCAUUCAACAUCGUCUGCUCAUCUUUGGUGCCGGCAAUCACGAGCUCGAGUUCAUUGGCUGUCUCACCUAUUGCCUGAUGCAGCUGACGGCUGAUAUGAAGAUUAUAUUGGAGCCAGCAACAAGCAGAAAUACCACCUGGCAUGUGAAUCCACAAACGGAGACAACGGAGCCCAAAGACGAGGAUCUCAAUCAGUUGCAGGGUCGCAACUUGAUUGUGGGCGCCGCCUUUCGUGUUUGGGAGGAGUUAUACGUGUGCAAGAAGCCCGCCAUUGAGGAAGUCUUUAAGAUAUCGCUAACCCCACCACCAGCCAACUCUAAAGCACCCGACUUGCAGACAACACGCGAACAGGUCAUGGAGCUGGCCUCUAAACUGUGGUUCAAUUAUGUAGAUGCCGAACGUAAAGCCUCGUAUCGUGUGCCCUGGGAACUGCACAAUCAAAUACAAUCCAAGAUACAAAAGGUAACGGGUGGACUGACCCGUUUAGCCAGUCGUUCCAAGGUGAAAAAGGAUGAGCUCGUGCGCACCAAGUCAAAUAUGAGCCGCGAGUCAGCGUACGAAUGCACGGGCAUACAUGUGCAGUUGAUUAAGGAUUUGCUGGAGCUGCGCACCAAGCAAUAUCAGCAAAUGCUGCAGCACACGCAGCGCUACGUCUACCAGGAUUGGGUGCAAUCCGAAACGGAACUCACACGUGAGCGCGGUUUGUGGGGUCCGGCGGGCUGUUGCACGCUGGACAAGUGGAUAAUGGACACGACCGAAGGACCGCAUCGAAUGCGCAAAAAGACAAUGCGCAACGAGCUCUUCUAUCUGCACUAUCCAUAUCGACCUGAGUUGGAGCUAGCAGACAAUCGUCAGCUCAAGUACAAGGUGGCCUCAAGCUUGGAUAGUAAAAUAUACUUUCUACAUGGCCAGCAACAGCCUCGCAUCUUGGCAGAGGCCGAGCAGCAUGCGAUGCAGCAACAGUCCUCGCUGGAGGCAACGAAUCCGCAUCGCCUGGAGGCAAGCAGUUCGACAUCGACUCCACCGCCGCCUAUCUCGCCCAAACUGUUGGCUCACGGUGCACCUUAUCAGGAAUCACUGGACGGCAAUGCCCAGGACGAUGAUGAAGAGGAAGAGGACACAUCCAUGACCAGCGAAAAUGAAACCUUUUUGCGUUUGCUCGAAGAACAAGAGAAGAUCAGCUUCAUGUUUCGCUGUGCCCGUGUUCAGGGCCUGGACACCUUCGAGGGUCUGCUGCUGUUCGGCAAGGAACAUUGCUACAUUGUGGAUGGUUUCACGCUUCUAAAGAACAGAGAGAUACGCGAUAUUGACACGCUACCUCCCGGCGCCUACGAGCCCAUCAUACCCAACUCGGGCGGCCAAACAUCGUCGACCUCGCGCGCUGUUAGCCACAAGCUGAGGCAGUGCUCCAAGUUCGCCUACGAGGAAAUACGCGAAGUGCACAAGCGACGCUACCUCCUGCAACCCAUUGCGCUUGAAGUCUUUUCUGAGGAUGGACGCAACUAUUUGUUGAGUUUUCCGCGAAAGGUGCGCAACAAGGUGAAUCAACGGUUUCUGGCCCUGGCCACCGCACUUAAUGAUAAUGCCCAACAAUCGGUGGCUGGACAGAAACGCACGGCCAGCGUGGAGCAAACUUCGGGUCUGUUCAGCGGUUUGAUUGGUGAAACGUCAGUGACUCAGCGCUGGGUUCGUGGCGAGAUCUCAAACUUCCAGUACCUGAUGCAUUUGAACACACUCGCUGGUCGCAGCUACAACGAUCUCAUGCAGUAUCCGGUGUUUCCCUGGAUUUUGGCCGAUUAUGAUUCCGAAGAGUUGGACUUUACGAAUCCGAAGACAUUCCGCGACUUUUCCCGCCCCAUGGGCGCCCAAUCGGACGAGCGCUUGGAGCAGUUCCAGAAGCGUUUCAAGGAAUGGGACGAUCCGCAUGGCGAAACUCCGCCCUAUCACUAUGGUACACAUUACAGCUCGGCCAUGAUUGUGUGCUCCUAUCUGGUGCGAUUGGAGCCGUUCUCACAGCCAUUCCUCAAAUUACAAGGCGGACAUUUUGACUUGGCAGACCGUAUGUUCCAUAGCAUUAAGGAGGCCUGGCUAUCGGCAUCCAAGCUAAAUAUGGCUGAUGUCAAGGAACUAAUACCCGAGUUCUUCUACUUGCCCGAGUUUCUGAGCAAUUUUAACAACUUUGAUCUGGGCACCAAGCAGAAUGGUGAAACCUUAAAUCAUGUCAUAUUACCACCCUGGGCCAAACAGGAUCCCAGGGAGUUUAUUCGGCUGCAUCGAAGCGCUUUGGAAUGCGAUUAUGUUAGUCAGAAUCUGCAUUUGUGGAUUGACUUGAUCUUUGGAUGUAAGCAGCAAGGACCGCCCGCUGUGGAUGCAGUCAAUGUGUUCCAUCAUCUCUUCUACGAAGGCAAUGUCGAUAUUUACAACAUUGAUGAUCCACUUAAAAAGAAUGCCACUAUUGGUUUCAUAAACAAUUUUGGCCAAAUACCGAAGCAGCUAUUCAAAAAGGCGCAUCCAGCCAAGAAAAUGGCCAAUGCGCGACAUUCGGCGCUGAUCGAUCCCACGGCUUUGAUACAGGGCAACACGACAGUGCUGCAAACGGAUCGUCUGUUCUUCCACAAUCUUGACAGCUUAAAGCCUAGUCUACAGCCCAUUAAGGAGCUGAAGGGGCCUGUGGGACAAAUUUUGCAGCCCGAUAAAACGGUCUUUGCUGUUGAGCAGAAUAAGGUGAUGAUGCCGCCAUCGUAUACCAAAUACAUUGCCUGGGGCUUUGCUGAUCAUUCGCUGCGCGUGGGCCUUUACGACACGGAUCGCGCCUCGUUUGUCUCCGAGGCCGCGGCCCAGAACUCAGGCGAGAUACUGACUUGCGCCUGUCCCAAUGCCAAAAUGAUUGUGACAGCCGGCACCAGCUCCGUGGUGACUAUCUGGAAAUUCGAUGCUAAUCGCAAAAGUCUCAGCGUGCGCCAUUCACUGCAUGGGCACACGGAUGCGGUGACCUGUUUGGCUGCCAGUGCUGCCUACAAUGUCAUUGUCUCUGGAUCACGAGAUGGAACUGCCAUUGUUUGGGACAUGUCACGCUUUACCUUCGUGCGUCAACUGCGCGGACAUGCGGGCGUUGUGUCCGCCGUUGCCAUCAACGAGCUAAGUGGUGAAAUCGCCACCUGCUCGGCCACCUGGCUGCAUGUGUGGUCCAUCAAUGGCGAUGCUCUGGCCAUGGUAAAUACGUGUGUGGGUAGCGCCGAUCGCAUGCAACAAAUUCUGUGUGUUGCCUUCUCUCAAAUACGUGAAUGGGAUCAGCAAAAUGUGGUAAUGACGGGCUCCACAGAUGGCGUUGUUAGGAUGUGGUCCCUGGAGCACACUCAAGUACCCAUUGAUCGCAAGCUGAAGCGAGGCGUGGAAGUUACCUCGCAAGAUAAGCCCGAUGCAGGCUCCGUUGAUGAAUCUCAGAAUAAGCCAGAUAAAAUGAAUAUUUUCAAGCAAAUAAAGAGCCUUUCACAACCUGAGCCAGAACAUGAGAUUGUAAAGUCCGCGUCGGAAAGCAGCAUUUCUGAAGCCUCGCAACACAGCAAUGAGUCCAGCCAAUCUGUUAAAGUGGAAACCACCGCAGAACGUAGAAAAAGCUCCAUUAGCGGUGCUAAAUCGCUGCAUGAAAUGAAAUCGGCCACGGUAGAGGGUCCCAGCAGUAGCUCAGAGCACAAAACGAAUGAAGAGGAGCACAGCAUUCGUCCAAGCAAAUCGGACACCAGCUUAACAGACGGCUUCGUUCUGCUGGACAAUGACAGACAUCGUGGCGAGCAGGCACUUAGAAAAGGCUUUAAAUGGCAGCGUCAAUUAAUGUUCAGAUCAAAGCUAACCAUGCAUACGGCCUAUGAUCGCAAAGAUAAUGCCGAACCGGCUAGCAUAACAGCUCUGACGGUAUCCAAAGAUCAUAAGAUCUUAUAUGUGGGCGAUGCACGUGGUCGCAUUUUCUCAUGGAGCGUUACUGAACAGCCAGGUCGUGGUGUCGCCGAUCAUUGGCUUAAGGAUGAGGGCGCUGAGCAGUGUGUCAAGUGUCAUGUGAAAUUUACACUAUAUGAACGAAAGCAUCAUUGCCGUAAUUGUGGCCAGGUCUUCUGCAACAAGUGCAGUCGCUUCGAAUCGGAAAUAUCGCGUUUGCGCAUUCUGAAGCCAGUUAGAGUUUGCCAGGCCUGCUAUAGCCAGUUGCGCUCGAAUUCCCUGGAUAAUUAAGAAGGGCCUAUGAUUACCUAUGAUUUAGUAACGAAUUUCAAUAACUAAGUUUACUUAUGGCAGAAAAAACUAUUGUAACUGUAAAAGACGUUAGGGGCAUUCAUUUAAAUACGACUAAUUUAUUUAUAUAUAAU